AUGUCUGGAAGAAAACCUUUAUACAGGAAAGCAUUUGUUUUCUUUAGUUCACCUAUUGCCAGAGAAUUGGUGUUGGAGAUUAAGAAAGAUACACUGGUUUUACCUCGCAUUGGUGCAUUAAGAGAGGCAGAAAUUAUAUUUCUUGGACAACUAAGACAUCACCAUCUUGUGAAGUUAAUUGGAUAUUGUUGCGAAGAUGAACACCGGCUUUUGGUGUAUGAAUACAUGCCAAGAGGUAGCUUGGAGAGUCAACUAUUCAGAACAGGAUAUUCUGCUGCUAUGCCAUGGUCAACAAGGAUGAAAAUUGCAUUAGGUGCUGCUAAGGGUUUGGCUUUCCUUCAUGAAGCAGAUAAGCCUGUAAUAUAUAGAGAUUUCAAAGCUUCAAAUAUCUUACUAGACUCUGAUUAUACAGCCAAAUUAUCGGAUUUUGGCCUAGCUAAAGAUGGCCCUGAAGGGGAAGAAACACAUGUCACAACGCGCGUAAUGGGAACGCAUGGUUAUGCUGCUCCUGAGUACAUCAUGACAGGUCACCUUACAACAAAAAGUGAUGUGUAUAGCUAUGGAGUGGUUCUAUUGGAAUUGCUUACAGGAAGAAGGGUAGUGGACAAGUGGUUAGAAUCAAAAAGAGGUAAGAGCUUGGUAGAAUGGGCAAGACCUAUGUUGAGAGAUGAAAAGAAACUUGAGAGAAUCAUAGACCGUAGACUUGAAGGACAGUUUCCUAUGAAAGGAGCUUUGAAAGUUGUUAUGUUGGCUUUUAAAUGUUUGAGUCAUCACCCAAAUCCAAGACCUUGUAUGAGUGAUGUUGUUAAGAUCUUGGAACCACUUCAAGAUUUUGAUGAUGUUUUUGUAGGUCCAUUUGUUUAUGUUGCUGUAAGUGAAAAUGGUGACAAGGAUUAG